AUGUUGCCUCCUUCUCCUCUGUCUCCCCCUUCUCCUCUGUCGCCUCCUUCUGUUCUGUCUCCCCCUUCUCCUCUGUCGCCUCCUUCUGUUUUGUCUCCCCCUUCUCAUCUAUCGUCUCCUUCUCCUCUGUCUCCCCCUUCUCCUCUUCAAGGAAGUGUUCCACUCUUUUCUGAGCAAGCUCCUGUCGUAGGCAGCCAAGAAGCACCAGCACCAGCACAGCGUAAGGGUAAGGGUAAGGGACGAAGAACGUGGACGACAAUAGAUGAUAUAGUGUUGAUCAGCUCGUGGUUGAACACGAGCAAAGAUCCACUUGUUGGGAAUGAGCAAAAGUGCUUGACUUUCUGGCAGCGCAUUGCAGAUUACUUCUCGGCGUCUCCUAAGGUUUCUGGUGGGGAAAAAAUUACAUCAUCUUAG